GAAAUUAUCUGAACGAAAGUUAUAGAUUUGGUGGAAAUUGGACUAUAAGUGCGAAAAAGAAAGGUUUCUUUCAAAAAUGAACCAUUAAAAGAAAAGAAAUUCAUAAAAAAACUAAAUAAACAUUCAUUUCUCGCAUGCGUUUUGUCUUCCAUACCAAUCGCUGCUUCUCAGAUCUUCAAAAUCGUCGAUAUUAUGCGAAACUCGAGUUCUUUUGCUAACUUAACAAGUCGAUAGUAAAUUUAAAGUUUAAAUAUAUUUUUACAAGUUUCAAUUGCCUUAAAAUCCAGUCUUUUCCUCUAAAUUUUCACAGACAAAUGGAGUAGAAAAUAUAUCAUACUAACAUCACCGAUGUCUCCGUCAGUUCACCGCUCACCGAAAUGGUUUAUGAAUAUGAACGUACACGCGUUCUACUCUGUUUUGACGUUGCCAAGUAUGGAUAUUUUAAAGCCAGAAGCUGUAGUGCUACAGAAAAUUGUCUAUAGAAACAAAAACCAACAUCGUCUCACGCUUUGGUGGAGGCAUGUAAUUAUGCUUCACCGUAGGUUAAGGCAAUGGCUGUCUGGAAAGGAAUCUGUGAAAUCGUUGCUGUUACGACAAUGUCCAAAAUCGUACGCUCUUUUUACCAAUUUAAUUGCACAUGGACAAUACCCAGGACUUGGUUGUCUUCUGCUUGGUAUAUUAUCUCGCGUUUGGUAUGUUUUGGGAGGAAUCGAGUAUGAAGCUAGCUUGUCAACCCCAUCCUCUCCUAAUCUUUUGACAAGCCCUCCUCAUUUACAAGAGAAUAUUCUUGAAUCCAACAAUAAAUCUUCGUCAGAUCUUGGAACUGUAAUUUCUCGUGAGGAAGUCUCUUCCUCUACUCCUCCAUCAUCCCUUUCUCGCAAAGUCAGCCUUGCUGACUCUCCAUCUUCUGAAAAGAAUUCAGUGUCAUUUCCGCCGUCGUCUUCGCCUGGUGCUCAAGCACAGCCCACAGGAAGCGAUGCUUCAGCGUCCGAAAAAUCUUCAUUACGAUCUUCCGAUGCUACUUCUUCAGCACCCAAAAAGAAAAAGAAGAAGUCUAAGAAGAAAAAGGAUGAAAUUGACGAUAUUUUUGGUUAAACUCGUGUGUUCAUGUCUUUUUUUUGUUUACUCUUUUUUGUCUUACCUCACUAACGUACCAUCAUCAUAACCACAUACAUGGGUUACUACCAACGAGGUUG